UUGCUGUUGCUAUGACAGUAAGAACUAAUAUAAUAACUGAAACUGUUAACUAACAUUUGUUUCCGUGGUAUCAUGUGACAAAUUAUAGUUAUUCGCGUGGUGUUCUGAAAGAGAUGUUUUUACUGUAGUGUAGAACGUGUAUUGUGCUGUGCAAAUAUUGGGAUUUGUGAGAAUUGUGAGUGAUAAGUGAUCUAACAUACAUCCUUGGUUCCGAUUUCAGUUUGGAAAUAAUGCAUAAAAAGCGGUCAAGCGCAGGCUUGCUGGCGCCCCAGCUGGCAUGCCAGAGCGCGUCGCCGCCGGCGCCGGCGGCGUCGGCGCCCCUCCCCGCGCCCGCGUCGCCCCCGCGCGUGGUUUCCGCGCCCCCCGCGCCCGUCGCACCGCCCCCCGACCCCGUGCCCCAGCCCGCGCAGGAGGACGGCGUCAGAUUGCGAAGAGUGCACACAGUCGCGGUGCGGGACUACCUCAAGAGGGAGACGCAGACGUUCUUCGGCGUACAGAGGGACAAUGAGAGGGAACAACGGCGGCUGUGGUUCGAGAGGCGGAGGAGGCACGCGGCGCGGGCGCUCGGCGACCUCCGGCUCGACCUGCCUCCGAAUCAUCAUCCUGAUGAUGAUGAUAUUAGUAUGUAUGGAGCAUCGGGAGCGGCACCGAGAGAGGCGCGGGGGCGAUCGCACGAGCGGCCCGACGUGCUGCCGGCGCCCGCGGCGGCGGACGAGCCCGCGCCCCCCGUGUUGCCGCGCCCCGGCAAGGACAGCGUGGCACGGCUCACGCUUAGCGGCCUUUCUUAUGUUGUUACUGCGGUGACGCGGCGAUCGCGGCAGUCAUCGGGUGCGCAGUGGUCACGAUCUUUUCGGAGCAGUGCGCCGCAAGAGGAGUGUGACGUGGAUGACGUGUUUUUUGCUGCGCCGCCUUCCAUUGCGCACCAUGACGACGAGAUCGACGGAGCAAAGAGCGCCCGGUCUCCGCUAAGCUCCAGUGGCGUGGAGUACCGGCGGCCGGAGCGGAGCGUGUCGUGGGGCGCGGGCGGCGCGCGCAUCCACACACCGAUGCUUGAGCCCUUAGCUGACAACUCCAAUCGAAGGCAGUUCGGCAUGGGAGUUGUUGGACGAUUCUUCAGACGGUCGCUCCGCAAGUCUGUGACGCGGCAAGAAGACGUGGCAAAACAGUUGGACGAGCUGACAGACUACCGGCCGUACUUCACGUGGUGGGUCAGCACGGUCCAGACACUGGUGCUGCUGCUGAGCCUGCUCUGCUACGGCUUCGGGCCUGUCGGCUUCGGCCGACACACGCAUUCUGGACAAGUGCUUGUGAAGAGCUUGAGUUUGCAACAGGUCGAAUGGGAAGAGCCCGCAUCGUUUUGGCUCGGGCCGCGGGCAGCAGACCUCAUACACCUAGGAGCAAAAUUCGCCCCUUGCAUGAGGAGGGACGUCAGGAUAGCCCGCGCGAUAGCAGCGUCGGCGAGGAGAGAGCGCGACACGGCGUGCUGCAUACGAAACGACGAUUCUGGCUGCGUGCAGUCAUCAAAGGCUGAUUGUUCGAUAAGAGGAUUUGCCCCACAUUUGGAUAUGAACACAAUAUCAACUUGGAAAAAAUGGAACAACAUGGAGGCCGGCCCUGGAGGUCGGAUUUCGGGCUCUGUAUGUGGAUUAGAUCCAAAGUUUUGCGAAGCUCCACGCUCGAUAGCGCCGCACGAAUGGCCGGACGACAUCACAAAAUGGCCGAUCUGCCGCAAGUCUGUGAUCGACGGCUCCGCCGCGGCGGGCCGCGCGGGCCACGCCGCCGAGCACAUGGCGUGCGAGGUGAUAGGCCACCCGUGCUGCAUCGGCGUGCACGGCCAGUGUGUCAUCACGACGAGAGAGUACUGUGAUUUUGUUAAAGGUUAUUUCCACGAGGAAGCGUCGUUGUGUUCACAGGUGUCCUGCCUCGAUGAUGUGUGCGGCAUGUUGCCAUUCAUGCGCCGCCGACGCCCCGACCAGCUAUACCGCGCGUGGACCUCGCUGUUCGUCCACGCGGGACUUCUUCACUUGGCGGCGUCCUUGGCGCUGCAGUGGCUCUUCAUGCGGGACCUGGAGAAGAUGGCGGGACCGGUCAGGAUCUCCGUGGUGUACCUCGGGAGCGGCGUCGCUGGGAAUUUGGCGUCGGCGAUCUUUGAACCUUACAGAGCUGAGGUGGGGCCGGCCGGAUCUCACUUCGGCUUGCUGGCGUGCCUCAUAGUAGAAGUGAUCGGCGCGUGGCCGCUCCUGAAACAUCCGCGACGCGCGCUCCUGAAGCUCAUAAGCCUCGCGGUCGCGCUGUUCUUUCUCGGCCUCCUGCCGUGGAUCGACAAUUUCGCCCACCUGUUCGGUUUCGUGUUCGGCUUCCUCCUGUCGUACGCGUUGCUGCCGUUCAUAACGUUCGGGCCGUACGAGAGGCGGCGGAAGAUCGUGCUGGUGUGGGCGUGCCUGGUGUCGGCGGGCGGCACGAUGUGCGCGCUGGUGGCGCUGUUCUACGCGGCGCCGGCGUACGAGUGCGCGGCGUGCGCGUACGUGACGUGCAUGCCGUUCGCGCCCGACAUGUGCGCGUCACAGGACGUGCGCGUGCGGCAGCUGGACGCGGUAUGACGGCGCGCGGCGCGGGCGUGUCCGCCAGAGCCCCCGAGCCCGAAGCGAGCCGCCGCCGCCCCGGUCUGCCGCCGCGCCGCAGCCUAGGGACACCCGAGACACCCGAGGCCGCAUAUUGUCCACUUCCUUCCGAUGUCGAGAUGUCUCCGUCUCUGUUGCGAGAGCGAUGAAGUCGGAGAUGUCGGAACUUCGUUCUUCGAAUUUCACAGUUCGAGCGACGGUCCCGAAUUAGCUUACGAGAAUACCGAGCGACGAUCGUAUGAUACGCCGCCGAAAUUGUCUUGCCGCGCCGCAAACGCUAUCUCACAAACGUACGUACGUUUACAGAUGUAAAUCAGGUCAUUCGUCUUUUCUAAAUGUAGUCAGCCGUAUUUACUUUAAACUUAUGAGAUUAUCGAAAUUGUUUCCGAGCGACUAAAUAAACUUAAAAUGUUUGUCCAGUCGAUGCGUUAAGAACUAUUCAGACUGAGUCGUUGAGUGUCAGGCAUGACACUCGACGACUCAGUCUGGCCUAGUUAUUCAGUAGAGGCCGAUCGAUGGUACUGGGUUUAAAUACCGGUAAGGGCAUUUAUUAAUCAAUGGACGAAGAAUGGUACUGGAGUCAUAGAAAUCUUUUAUAUAUUUAUAUCGUUGUCUUAGUACCUACCCACAACAUAAGCCUUUUUAAGCUUACUGUUAUUGCUCGUUACUGAACCUUACAAAGCGUAGCUUUUUUUGGAUAUCUAACUUCUUGUAGUACAUAUCUAUUAAUUUAAUCUGUAACAAUUUCGGCAAUCUCAAAAGUUAAUUUAUAAUUUUAAAAUAAUCUGUUUCUCGGAGGAAACCGGUACAAGUGAUUACAUUAAUUUAAUACCUUCAAGCAUCGUAUGUGAGCGGUUGAAAAUUAUAUGUAUUAGGUACAUUUCUUGUUUGAAUGGACUAAAAUUAUCUCCAAUUUUGAAAUAUGCAAUUUCGAGAGUGUGUAUAAUCGAUUUAAAAUAAUGUGAUAAUAUCCACGGGUAACUUAUCGUUCGAAGCGAGCAAUCCUUGUAUAUAACUUGUAUUAUAUAUGUGUAAGAAGCUGUAUUUAAAUGUGCGGAUGUCGAGUGCAAUUUACGGGAACGUUCUGCAGUCGCAACGUACUUACUUAUACAUAAAAGUAUUUUUCUAAUUAACGAGUAAUACAAAUACCAAGCGAUUUCUAGAAUUAACUUUGUUAUAAACAAUUGAAGCGUUACAGAUCUGUAAAAUUAUUGUAGUGAAUUUUCCCUGUAUUUCCGCAUACUAGAUACAUUCAAGGAUCAGCGGGCCGAUUUUUGAAUCUCACGCGUUCGAAUUCAGAAAAUUGUCACUGAAAAUAAUAUGCAAGUCACCGUUUUCAACCGGUAUUUUAGUGACAAAACCCGUAUGCGAGAUUCAAAAAUCGCCCCCCUGUUAGUACCUAAGCAAUGAGGAUAAAAAAAUUCUAAAGAUGAAAUGCAGCAGAUAUUCUUCACAGAAUGUGAAGAACAAUUACAUAAUAAAAUCACACAUGUAGAAAAACUGUUGCCCUAACCUAAAAAGCUCAUGUUUUUUCUAA